CUGUGCGUCACGGAGGGCGGGACAGCGGGCGCUCGGCGGUGAGCGGAAGCCCGGGCUGCUCUGGAGCCCGGCGGAGACUGGAGGCGGAGAGCAGGGAGUAAUAGGUCACUGGCUCGGCAUAGGAGUUUGGGAGAUGUCCGAGAGGUGAUUUUUCCCCCCCUUCAAGCCAGAUGGCUGGCGUGGAAGCACAACCAGCUUUCACUCUUCGGAUUUGUGCUUGGCUCUUUUCUUGCACUUCGAGACUCGUGACCAUCAUGCUGUGAUGUGUGCGGAGGGAGGAAUUGCUGGAGAACACAGGCUUGGAGGAAGAUCCUCGGGUGAGCAGGCCAUAUUCACUGGGCUUUGACAGGUCAGCUACACGACCUGGGUCUCACCACAGUUUGGACAUGACUGAGGCUCUCCAGUGGUUCAGAUAUCACUGGCGACGGCUGAUCGGAGGUGCAACCAGGGAUGAUGAUUCGAGGCCAUACAACUAUUCCUCCUUGCUUGCCUGUGGGGGCAAGUCCUCUCAGACCCCUAAACUGGCAGGAAAGCACCGGAUUGUUGUUCCCCACCUCCAGGCCUUCAAGGAUGAGUAUGAGAAGUUCUCUGGAGCCUAUGUGAACAAUCGAAUACGAACAACAAAGUACACACUUCUGAAUUUUGUGCCAAGAAAUUUAUUUGAACAAUUUCACAGAGCUGCCAAUUUAUAUUUCCUGUUCCUAGUUGUUCUGAACUGGGUACCUUUGGUAGAAGCCUUCCAAAAGGAAAUCACCAUGUUGCCUCUGGUGGUGGUCCUUACAAUUAUCGCAAUUAAGGAUGGCCUGGAAGAUUAUCGGAAAUACAAAAUUGACAAACAGAUCAAUAAUUUAAUAACUAAAGUUUAUAGUAGGAAAGAGAAAAAAUACAUUGACCGAUGUUGGAAAGACGUUACUGUUGGGGACUUCAUUCGCCUCUCCUGUAACGAGGUCAUCCCUGCAGACAUGAUACUACUCUUUUCCACUGAUCCAGAUGGAAUCUGUCACAUUGAGACUUCUGGUCUUGAUGGAGAGAGCAAUUUAAAACAGAGGCAGGUGGUUCGGGGAUAUGCAGAACAGGACUCUGAAGUUGAUCCUGAGAAGUUUUCCAGUAGGAUAGAAUGUGAAAGCCCAAACAAUGACCUCAGCAGAUUCCGAGGCUUCCUAGAACAUUCCAACAAAGAACGUGUGGGUCUCAGUAAAGAAAAUUUGUUGCUUAGAGGAUGCACCAUUAGGAACACCGAGGCUGUUGUGGGCAUUGUGGUUUAUGCAGGCCAUGAAACCAAAGCAAUGCUGAACAACAGUGGGCCACGAUAUAAGCGCAGCCAAUUAGAAAGAAGAGCAAACACAGAUGUCCUCUGGUGUGUCCUGCUUCUGGUCAUAAUGUGCUUAACUGGAGCAGUGGGUCAUGGAAUCUGGUUGAGCAGGUAUGAAAAGAUGCAUUUUUUCAAUAUCCCCGAGCCUGAUGGACAUACCAUAUCACCACUGUUGGCAGGAUUCUAUAUGUUUUGGACCAUGAUCAUUUUGCUACAGGUCUUGAUUCCCAUUUCUCUCUAUGUUUCCAUCGAAAUUGUGAAGCUUGGACAAAUAUAUUUCAUUCAAAGUGAUGUGGAUUUCUACAAUGAGAAAAUGGAUUCUACUGUUCAGUGUCGAGCACUGAACAUCGCCGAGGAUCUGGGACAGAUUCAGUACCUCUUUUCUGAUAAGACGGGAACCCUCACUGAGAAUAAGAUGGUUUUUCGAAGAUGUAGCGUGGCAGGAUUUGAUUAUUGCCAUGAAGAAAAUGCCAAGAGGUUGGAGUCCUAUCAGGAAGCUGUCUCUGAAGAUGAAGAUUUUACAGACACACUCAGUGGUUCCGUGAGCAAUAUGGCAAAACCGAGAGUCCCCAGCUGCGGGACAGUUCAUAAUGGGCCUUUGGGAAAUAAGCCUUCAAAUCAUCUUGCUGGGAGCUCUUUUAAUCUAAGAAGCGGAGAAGGAGCCAGUGAAGUGCCUCAUUCCAGACAGGCUGCUUUCAGUAGCCCCAUUGAAACAGAUGUGGUACCAGACACCAGGCUUUUAGACAAAUUUAGUCAGAUUACACCCCGGCUCUUUAUGCCACUAGAUGAGACCAUCCAAAAUCCACCACUGGAAACUUUGUACAUCGUCGACUUCUUCAUUGCAUUGGCAAUUUGCAAUACAGUAGUGGUUUCUGCUCCUAACCAACCCCGACAAAAGAUCAGACACCCUUCACUGGGAGGGAUGCCCAUUAAGUCUUUGGAAGAGAUUAAAAAUCUUUUCCAGAGAUUGUCUGUGCGAAGAUCAAGUUCUCCAUCGCUUACCAGUGGGAAAGAGCCAUCUUCCGGAGUUCCGAACGCCUUUGUGAGCAGACUCCCUCUCUUUAGUCGAAUGAAACUGGCUUCACCUGUGGAGGAAGAAGUCUCCCAGAUGUGUGAGAGCCCCCAAUGCUCCAGUAGCUCAGCUUGCUGCACAGAAACAGAGAAACAACACAGUGAUGGAGGCCUCCUGAAUGGCAAGGUGGAGUCCCUCUCUGGACAGCCAUUAGCCUGCAACCUGUGUUAUGAGGCCGAGAGCCCAGAUGAAGCGGCCUUAGUGUAUGCUGCCAGGGCUUACCAAUGCACUUUACAGUCCCGGACACCGGAGCAGGUCAUGGUGGACUUUGCUGCUUUGGGACCGUUAACAUUUCAACUUCUACACAUCCUGCCCUUUGACUCAGUAAGAAAAAGAAUGUCUGUUGUGGUCCGGCACCCCCUUUCCAAUCAAGUUGUGGUGUAUACAAAGGGUGCUGAUUCUGUGAUCAUGGAGUUGUUGUCAGUGGCUUCCCCAGAUGGAGCAAGUCUGGAAAAACAGCAGAUGAUAAUAAGGGAGAAAACCCAGAAGCACUUAGAUGACUAUGCCAAACACGGCCUUCGUACUCUAUGUAUAGCAAAGAAGGUCAUGAGUGACGCUGAAUAUGCAGAGUGGCUGAGGAAUCAUUUUUUAGCUGAAACCAGCAUUGACAACAGGGAAGAAUUACUACUUGAAUCUGCCAUGAGGUUGGAGAACAAACUUACAUUACUUGGUGCUACUGGCAUUGAAGACCGGCUGCAGGAGGGAGUCCCUGAAUCCAUAGAAGCUCUUCACAAAGCUGGAAUCAAGAUGUGGAUGCUGACAGGGGACAAGCAGGAGACAGCUGUCAACAUAGCUUAUGCAUGCAAGCUACUAGAGCCAGAUGACAAGCUUUUUAUCCUCAGUACCCAAAGUAAAGAUGCCUGUGGGAUGCUGAUGAGCACAAUUUUGAAAGAACUUCAGAAGAAAACUCAAGCCUUGCCAGAGCAAGUGUCAUUAAAUGUAGAUUUACCUCAGCCUCCUGUCCCCCAGGACUCAGGGUUACGAGCUGGACUCGUUAUCACUGGGAAGACCCUGGAGUUUGCCCUGCAAGAAAGUCUACAAAAGCAGUUCCUGGAACUGACAUCUUGGUGUCGAGCUGUGGUCUGCUGCCGAGCCACGCCGCUGCAGAAAAGUGAAGUGGUGAAAUUGGUCCGCAGCCAUCUCCAGGUGAUGACCCUGGCCAUUGGUGAUGGUGCCAAUGAUGUCAGCAUGAUACAAGUGGCAGACAUUGGGAUCGGGGUCUCAGGUCAAGAAGGCAUGCAGGCUGUGAUGGCCAGUGACUUUGCCAUUUCUCAGUUCAAACAUCUCAGCAAGCUUCUUCUUGUCCAUGGACACUGGUGUUAUACAAGGCUUUCCAACAUGAUUCUCUAUUUUUUCUAUAAGAAUGUGGCCUAUGUGAACCUCCUUUUCUGGUACCAGUUCUUUUGUGGAUUUUCAGGAACGUCCAUGACUGAUUAUUGGGUUUUGAUCUUCUUCAACCUCCUCUUCACAUCUGCCCCUCCUGUCAUUUAUGGUGUUUUGGAGAAAGAUGUGUCUGCAGAGAUCCUCAUGGAACUGCCUGAACUUUACAAAAGUGGUCAGAAAUCAGAGGCAUACUUAGCCCACACCUUCUGGAUCACCUUAUUGGAUGCCUUUUAUCAAAGCCUAGUCUGCUUCUUCGUGCCUUAUUUUAUCUACCAGGACUCAGAUAUUGACAUCUUCGCAUUUGGAAACCCCCUGAACACAGCUGCUCUGUUCAUCAUUCUCCUCCAUCUGGUCAUUGAAAGCAAGAGUUUGACUUGGAUUCACAUGCUGGUCAUCAUUGGUAGCAUCCUGUCUUAUUUUUUAUUUGCCAUAAUUUUUGGAGCCAUGUGUGUAACUUGCAACCCACCAUCCAACCCCUACUGGAUUAUGCAGGAGCACAUGCUGGAUCCAGUAUUCUAUUUAGUUUGUAUCCUCACAACGUGCAUUGCUCUUCUGCCCAGGUUUGUAUACAGAGUUCUUCAGGGAUCCCUGUUUCCAUCUCCAAUUCUGAGAGCUAAGCACUUUGACAGACUAACUCCAGAGGAGAGGACUGAAGCUCUCAAGAAGUGGAGAGGUGCUGGAAAGAUGAAUCAAGUGACAUCAAAGAAUGCUAACCAAUCAGCUGGCAAGUCAGGAAGAAGACCCAUGCCUGAAUCUUCUGCUGUAUUUGCGAUGAAGUCAGCAACUUCGUGUGCUUUUGAGCAAGGAAACUUAUCUCUGUGUGAAACUGCUUUAGAUCAAGGCUGCUCUGAAACUAAGGCCUUUGAGAUGGCUGGACCCUCCAAAGGUUAAGAAAGCCAGAUACCUUCCUUGGAAAUACAAGUAUUCUCUCAAGGUUGGAAGAGGGAUUUUGAAAAGGUAUCUCUCCAAGCAAGAAUUUUCCAUAAGGGACAAGGCUUGGAAACCUGACGUGAUGAUGAUCAUUAUUGUAUGUUUGUAUAUAGAUUUGUAAUAGAGGGCUAGAGUUUGACUUAGACAGAGUUUAAGAAUUAAACAGAACCAAAUGCUUUUAUAAAACUUUUUGGAUUUUGUAAAAGCAUUUUCAUUCUUUUAGAAAUUCAAAUAUUUUCAAGGGGAAUCAUUUGAGAUAUAUUUAUUUUACUUGGAGAUCUUAUACUCUAGGGAAACCCUUUAAAUGGGCAGGUUCUAGCCAGGCACAGUGGCUCACGCCUGUAAUCCCAGUACUUUGGGAGGCUGAGGCAGGUGGAUCACAAUGUCAGGAGUUCAAGACCAGCCUUGCCAACUUGGUGAAACCCCGUCUCUAGUAAAAAUACAAAAAUUAGCUGGGCAUGGUGGUGCACACCUGUAAUCCCAGCUACUAGGGAGGCUGAGGCAGGAGAAUUUCUUGAACCAGGACCCAGGAGGCAGAGGUUGCAAUGAGCCGAGAUCACGCCACUGCAUUCCAGCCUGGGCUACAGAGUAAGACUCCAUCUCAAAAAAAAAAAAGAAAAAGAAAAAUAUGGGCAGGUUCCAAUCUGAAUUUUUUCAUCAAGGAAAAAGUAGUUUUUAGAUGAAUUGGUUAGGACUCAGAGGAAAUAUGGAAAAAGCGUUGUAGAUGCUUUUUACAGGUAAAGUCCCAAGAGCCUUUUAAACAACAAGGUACCUAAAAUAAGGUAUACUUGUACUGCUUAAAAUACAGUUAGUAACUAUUAAUAGCUUUUUAUUUCCUAUGGGAAGAUGAUUUUAGUCUUCUGACUGAAGAUGUAGGCAUACUUCUCUGCUCAUUUCAGUGUUUUCCUGAGGCGGAGCCUUCACUGGAAAGGGAAAAGAGGGAUUCUAGGGUUUCAUCAGGGAUCAGGAAUGCAUUCCUCUCUCAGCUUCCAGUCAGGAGAAGACCUUUUAUGAGAUCUGCUUCUGUAUAGAUGUUGUCAAUUAGGAAACUGAAGCCAUAGGUCAGGCAGACAUCAGCUCUGCCUGUGGCCCAUUGGGCAAUUUCCUGUGUUCUAAAACUCACAAUAGCCUAAUUGAAGUGAUACAAUCAAUUGCGAAACAAUCUUCCAGAGACUUCUUGAAGGUUCAUAGUUUUUUUACAAUACCAUGGGACUUUUCAGGUGUCGGAGCCUCUAAAAUAAGAGAUAUAAACUGAAAAUAAUACAGGUUGUUCUCUGGAGGUUUCUAUGAGAUUCUUAGAAAAAUUUGGUUUUAAAAUACAUUUGAGGACAGCAAUGUCUACAGCAAGUUUACUGCUAUUGCAAAUCAUGUAUGCUGUCUUUAGUUGUAAGAAAGAAACUAUACUAAGUAAGGACACAUGCUGUUAUAAGAUCAUAUAUUCCUAUUGAAAUCCUAUCUCUAUUUAUUGUAUUUGAAAGUUGUCAGCCACCAGUCAUCUAGAAUUUCCUUCCUGAGUCUCCAUGCUCAUAUGUGAUGUCUACAUCAAGGUCUUCUUAAUGACUCUUAUUCUCAGGGUUUAGUUUUCUACCUUCUGCCAACUAUUCUGGUCUGACAUUUUUGUAGCUUUCUAUUAUUAUUGCAAACAGUCUUUUACAUAAGCUGAUUUCUAGAACUUUCAAAAUCUACAUAGCUAAUGGAAGUUACUUUCUGCUUUCUUAUGACUUUUUUUUAAAUAAACUGUUUCAUAAAUCAUG